AUGGAAGCGACAUGUUCAAAGAAACUUUGGCAAAUCGUUUCCGUGUUAAGAUGCCGUAAUUCGAGUAUUACCCAUCUGCACGUAUAUGGAACAACUGCUGGUCCAAGAGAUGAAGUGAUGCAGAAAGUUAUUGAAGAAGUAAAGGAGAAUGAUGAAGUUAUGGUUCUGCGCGUGAACUGUUACGUGAAUCACAGAUCUCACAAGUUGUUUUGCCAAGGCCUAUAUAAUUUGUUGCCACAUUCAAAAUCUGGAAAAAAGAUUGAAAAUCUGGAAAGUGUAUUUGAGGAGUGUAAGGCGGAACUGCAAUAUGUGAAGUCGGUCGUUAUGGUUAUCGUUUUGAAUAACUCCGAAAUGUUGCUCAACUUUCCACCGAGCUUUUUGCAGGCACUCUUUUCCAUUCCUAAAAAGUAUGGUGGCACAGUUAAGUUGGUGUCGGUUGCUCGACUACCGUGGACAAGGUUUGAAAUUACCGAACAUAUAUCGUCACCCGUGCAAUUUGCUUUUGAAGCGUUAUCGAAAGGUGAGGUUCAGGAGGCACUGUCAGCAAGGCUCAAUUUUGACAACAAUUUUGUUCGAUGUAUGCUAGAUAUGGUUUAUUCUGUGUGUCGUGACCUGAACCAGUUGUCAUACAUUAUCGAAAAACUGUGGGACACAGGAACGAGUGAUGAGAAUUGGGCAAAUAGUGCAGCAUCAAAUAAACUGAAGACAUGCUAUACAGCUAGAGGACAAAAUAGAACCGAUGAGUUGUUCUAUCGUAGCGAGAAAAGACCUGUGGAAGAUGCACAAACAUUUUGUCUGUCAACAAGUGCGAAGUAUUUACUUAUCGCAGCUUACUGUGCAAGUUAUAAUCCUCCUAAUAGUGAUCGUCGCUUUUUUACUAAGAAUCAUGGGAAACAGAGACGUCGUGUACCGACAACAAAAGGAUUGCGGAACAACUUAGAAUCAGCUCAUGAGACUGGUCCGAAACCGUUCCCGGUGCAAAGAUUGCUUUUCAUCUAUCUUGCUAUGCUUGAAAAGCAUGACAUGAGAAACCACUGCGCUGCUGAUAUCCAUGCACAAGUUGCAGAGCUGUGUGCAAUGGGUUUUUUGAACCGGGUUUCUGCUGAUGGAAAUCUUGAUACUCCAAAGUAUCGUUGCAUUGCAACUUUUGAAUUUUCGGAGCAGUUGGCCAGGACAAUGGGUAUCGAAAUUCGUGAUUUUCUUAUUGAUUUCUCGUCAUAA